CUAAAACAAUAAAUACAGUGCAAAAACAAACCAAACCAACCCACCCACAGAUAACAGUACAUACAAGCAAGCGUCGUCAGGCAGGGCCGGGUCAAUAUCAAUAGGGCAGGUAGGGUACAGGUGGGGGAGCAAGCGGAGAUGGGUCGGGGUAACAGGCCAGGUUCAGCAGGUAGCUAGCAGCGUAGUACAGAGGGUCAGGCAGAGGGAUGGUCAGGGUCACAAGCCAGGGAUCAGAACAGGAAAGGUCAGCAGCGGUUCUCAGAUUCAGGCAGGGUCAGCAAUUGGAACAGAAACAGGAUGCAGGGACAGAUACAGGGCCCGGACAAAAACAAAACCAAGGCAGGCUUAAUCUGGCC